AUGCCCGUUCCGUGGGAAGCAUUACUUCCGUUCGCACUCGCUACCGUUAUGAUCAGCGCGGCUGGUACACUGUUUUCAGCAUCCCAGCGUUUCCAGAACCUCGGCAAACCCCCACGAUACGGUAUUGAUAGCUGGGACGAGAUGAUGAUGAAGCGGGACAAAGUCUUGACCGGCCACGUCCGGGGUCAAUCGGAUAAUCCUAUAUCUCCCUCAAUAGACGAACUCCGACGAAAUCUUCAUGCUUGA